CCAAGACGUUCCGGUUUACCCACAACAACCCCCACCCGCGUCGAUGGGUCGGAGACGGUGGUUAUGUCGAGUACGGUGGUAGUGGUGGUAGCGGUGGUAGUGGCGGUAGUAGUGGUGGUGGUGUUGGGGGGCUCCGUAUCGUAUCCCAUCGUAUCCCCAUUCCCUCAUCUCAUCUCGUCUCGUUCUUGCUCCUCCCCAUUCCAAAUCCCCGGCCGCCCCCCCCUCCCUCAAGAAAUAAAUCCCAAACCCCACUCAACCACUGUUCCGGUGAACGGGUACCAAGGCUGCGCCACCAAAUCGACAUUCACCGCUCCACUCCACCGGGCAGUCCUAGUGAUCUAGGAAAGUAAAGCGAACGUGAAGGUGGUGGGUGGGUUGGACAACGACGACGACACAACGACGAAAACAAAAAAUGUCAGUAGAUAGAGUAGAGUAGUGGGGUCAGACAUCACAUGCCACAUACAUAUCAUA